AUGCACAUGCAGGACGGCGGUAGCUCUUUUCAAAAGACCAAGACGCAUGAAGCUGCGGCGCAAUGGAGUCCACCAAGAAACUACGGUAAGAUGAAGGAGGAGCAGAUCCAGAACCGAGAUCGGGGUGUCUUGUGUUCAGGCACGAUAGGAUCAACUUCAGCUCUGAAAUCGCGAGUUAAGCGAUGCGGUGUCUUCAUUGCCGUUGCGUUCACGAGCCCACCAGUAACCGGCCUGCUUCUUCUGAGUCUUAGUCUCUCUGCCAUUGGAGCCAAGUGCUUGUGGAGGGAAUCUCAUCCCGAGCACUGGUUUCCCUACUUCCUCCUUCUCGGCGGUUUUUGUGGGGUGUGGCUCUGGUACCAUGGAGUGCAAAGCCUGCUUCAGCUACAGCGGAAUGAGCAGCUGGAACAGCGGCGACGAAUCGUUAGGUCGCAAGCAGAAGCGGGAGCGAAAAGAUCUCUCGCAGCAAGACGCUCCUCGGAACGGGUGGAACGAGGCCAAAUGCUGCAGCAGGCACAAAAUAACGAUCGUGCUCCAGCUAAACAUUCCGAUAGCUACGGACCGUCGCAAGUACCAUGUCCAUUCGAGCAGGAGCUUUCGACAAUCGAGAGUUCAGUGCCGUCUAUGACUAAUAUGUCUGCUCCGUCACUGAGAAAGAGUCCUUCUGCAACGAAUAAAGGCACCCACCACCUUGGGAACAAGACGCUGCUGAAAAGCACCUCUCCGAAUGCUCUGGAUCAUGGUGUUGGUGUAGGUCAUCUCGGCCAGCAGCUGUCCUUCGAUCGCGACUACAAAAAAGACUUCAAGUAGCGAGUGCUACGCUCAUUGGUUCGUCUACUUCGCAAGCAGAUGAAUGACAGUCCGAACGUACGUACUAAGUACUUUACACUUUGACGUUAUUAACUUGCAAAUCCAAACCCAAAUCGACGCCUUUUUCUGCUCGCAUUGCGCCGUUCUCCAUAGAACGCACUGCAGCAAACGCAAAGUCAUGCUCCUGAAGGUAGAAGCGCUUUUUCGUUUUGCAACACCCAGCAAAACCUGUCGAGUAGAUCAAGUUGAACUUGAAGGCAAAUUAUAACAGUUUCUUUGGAUCCUCUUCAAUUACCUUAUUCGUGCGCAUUCGCUAGAGCUUGAAGAUUUUUCCUGUUUGUGGAUCUUCGAGUGUAGUACGCAAUGCCAAAGAAAACCGGUUUUGUCCAAGCUCUAUUCCCACCGUGCGCCUUUCUCCAUGGUCACGGUGGACGCCCAUGCAUGGAUACAUAUCAACAACAUGCCUCGUCUGCUCUCUACUG